AUGAAAUUCCUUCUGAUCUGCUGCAUUCUUUUCGCAUUUGUUCACUUUUCCACGUGCUUGGAAUGCUACCACGGUAACUUUGAUCGUCUUUACAUUUCUGUACUCGAAAUGCGUGUACAGGAACGUCUUCCUUCAAAGAAACGACAAUUUCGAGGACGAGCUGUGGAAAGAAACAGUGCGUGAAGAUCGUAGAUGAGGCCGGAGCGGCCAAGUACGGUUGCGACGAUCGGAAUGAGUGCGGAAGAGCUUUGGAGUAUUAUGGCGUGAGUUUCGGGUAUAUGUCCCUCUGAGAAAAGUUCGAUGCAUUUCAGAAGGUCGUUUGUCCACCGAGUCCCCAUGUGAUGCACGGAAAGACGUGUUGUUGUGAGACGAGCCUGUGCAAUUCGGUCAAAACAAUCACGAACGCGUCUUGCUCAUUAAUUCUAAUUAUUUUGAUGGUGAUAAUGAUGUUCAUAUGA